AUGCUCCGGGCCGUGCGCGUGGUCCUUGCCAACGGCUCCCUGGCAGAGGCCCGAGACCUGCAGAAGAUGCUCUCCAAGGCCAUCAGCACCGUCCGAGAGACAGGCAAGCUCCCCAACGAUGUCCGGGUUGGCCUGGCAGAGAAGGGCGAGGUCUUGGCGCGACGUAUCGAUGCCAGACGGCACUACGUCUCCGAGACUUUAUCCUACGAUCCACACUUCUUGGUCUUCGAGUUCUCAGACAACAAGAUGCUCCAUGGUCGACAGGUGGCCAUCAUCUCAGACUUUCAGAAAACUGUGGAGGGCGGCGAGAGCGGCGUGAAGCAGAUGAUCAUGGGUGCAGGAAAGACGACGGUGGUCAGCCCGCUGUUGUCCAUGCUCCUGGCAAAUGGCAAGCGCCUCGUCAGCCUGGUGGUCCCUUCGGCGCUGCUGGAGUUUUGCAGAGGGGUCCUCAUGGCCGUGUUUUCCUCCAUCAUCCAGAAACGUAUCUGCAUGUUCCACUGCGACCGCUCUGAGGAUGUGGACAUUGCAAUCUGCGAUCGCAUAGAGGCAGUCCGGAACGAGGGUCAUAUUCUUCUUACCAAGCCGACAGAUGUGAAGAGCCUCAUCCUUCGCUUUGUGGAGAAUCUGGACAUUUGCAAUGAUCGCCGCUCCAAGCGGAACACUGCUGCACUCCAGAAGGAGACCAUCGAGCUGGGCAGAGUCCUGGAGAUCUUCGCCAAGGGUGUCUGCAUGAUCGACGAGGUGGACCUGGUCCUGCAUCCGUUACGGAGUGAGUUGAACUUCCCCAUUGGGCCCAAGAAUCUCAUCGACUUCGCCCCGCACCGAUGGCAGAUUCCCCUGCACCUCUUGGAAGGCAUCUUCAUCAGCGAGCUCCAGGCGGGUAAGGAUGGAGAGCUGACUCCACCCGAGCGCUUCGCCGACAGCGCAUUGGCGAAGGACAUCCUGAAGCAAAUCGCCAAGACGGUGGCAGACGGCACGCGGGAGCUGAAGAUGCAGCGCAGCCCCCACCUGGUGUUACUCAACCUGGAAUUCUACGAGGAAAAGCUCAAGGAGGUGAUGUGCUCGUGGAUGUCGCUGUGGCUGGCUUCCGAGCAUGUUGGCCGUAGCUUCGCUCACGAGCGUGAAGGCACAAUCGAUGGCGGCCUUUCCGAUGCGGAGGUCAGAGAGUACAUCCGGCAAGUCGCAGCGCCAGAUUCGCCUUUGGCAAAACGUGUAGAGAUGCUCCCAAAGCGGGAUGUGCAGAUGCUGAACCUCUCAGCAGACUGGCUGUCGAUCUUCCUACCACAUGUGCUGCAGAAGAUCAACCGCGUCACCUACGGAAUCAUGACGGAUUCACAGGUGGAGCAGGCGCUGAUCAAGCAGCCGGGCAUGCCGAUGACGCGCGCCAAGCUGUCCAUUCCCUUUAUCGGCAAGGCCAGCAAAGGGUCUUCAGAAUUCGCCCACCCGGAUAUCACCAUCGGCCUCACUUUGCUCAGCUUCCGCUACGAGGGCCUCAGGAUGUCCGACUUUGACGCCGUCUUGGACCUACUGGUGGCGAACCUGGAGUCCGAGCCUGGUGUGGCGGCGGAGCGACCCACAGCCAUGCUCUUCAAGCGCUGGGUUGAAGGCUCGGGUGGGGUCUUGGCAACCCGGCGCCAAGAACUGCAGGAUCUGACACCCGAAGAGCUUGCCGCAGCAAGGGCGGCUGAGGUGCGCGAGAAGAAGGUCCGCAUCCUUCCUCUGCACAUGCUGGAGCGGAGCAAUCGCAGACAGAUGAAUGAACUCUUCAAGCUUCUCAGGAAGAAUGGCCAGGUGGUUGCUUGGUACCUCGAGUCGAUCGUAUUCCCAGAGCACCUGCGCUUCCAGGAGGUGAAGCUGAUGUCCUCGGGUCAGGAUCUCGGAGGUGCCCUCCUCUUCAAGGAGCGCAUCGGCUUCAGCGGGACGCCUUCAGAUCUAAUGCCCAGGGAGCUUGGUUCCUGCGACUUCGAGCCUGGAAGCGAGGGCAGCAUCGUCCACACACUGACGAAUCCAGAGGUGGUUUCCUUCGAGGUCUUUGGUGCUGACUGGACGGUGACAAGUCUUUUGGACCGCAUCGCCGUGGGCGGCUUCCACGCCCUCAUCGACACGGGUGCCCUCAUCACAGGCCUUUCAAACAAGGAUGUGGCGGUGUACCUCCUAGGCCUGGACAACGCCACAGUACCGCAUCCCACACUGCCCAGCAGCUUCCAGGGUGUGGUCUUCAUCGACGAUGAGGGCUCCAAGAAGAUCCUGUUGAGGCAGACUCAGGAGGUGCUGAACUUGGCAGAUUGCGGCAUCCCAGCAACAAGCCGUUUCGCCUUCUAUGACCAGGUCCAUACCACCGGUAUGGACAUUCAGCAUAAGCGGGACUGCGUGGGCGCCAUCACGCUGGGCAAGGCAGGAUUCGAGGGCUUCACGGAGUCCAUGCUGGGCGAUGUUUGUGGUUGGUUGGUGCUGAACUCGAUGCUCUCGGACCGGCUACAGUUCAAUGUGUUGCAGACACAGAACCUUUCCAACAUCUGGCGAAAGAACGCCUGGAACACCCUCAUGGAGAAGUACGCACUCCUCCAGCUUCCGGAGAUUGUGGACUGUAUCGAGGUGUUCAAGGAGCCAAUCGACUUCAAGGUUCUCGACAAGGUGCCAGUGCCACGAGGCCUCCUCCAGAUUGUCCAAGGACGUGCGGACGAAUACACCAAGUGCCUGGGCAUAGUUGAAGAGGAGGUUGGGGGUUCCUAUAUGAGGUAUAGUUUAAACUCCUUCAAGGGGUCAUAUGGGGGAUUAUAG